UUACAGUUGAUACGAAAAGGAUCUUAAUCUCCAUAAAUUACAAUAUACAUGACAUUUGAAAAAAGAGUAAUAUCUCGACAAUUGUAAUUCGAUACUGUAGCAGUCCUCAAGCUAAAAGUCUUGAGUCAAGUUGUCACGUCUUUAAGAAUGAAGAAGCCGAUAUCGUCGUACGUAGAACUGUUCUACGACGAGAACGUGAUCUCGUUGAGCAAACGACUCUUGAACUUAUCCGGGCUAUGGCCGCAUAAUCGUAACGAUGUUCGAUUUUUCUUCUACAUUACGUACGUCGUGAUCUUCACCUGGUUGGAGAUUGUGACUCUGCUGCAGAAUAUACACGACCUUGAGAAGACACUGAAGAAUAUCACGCUAUCGUUCCCGACCAUCUUGAUAGUACUGAAGGCCAUGAUGUUUCGAUUGAAUAUGCAUCUCGUGCUACCAUUGCUAACGGUCGUGAAAAGGGACGUGAAGCUUGGAUUGUAUAAAUCAGAAGAGGAAAGGCGAACGGUCGUUUGGUAUAACGUGGCCGCCACGUUAUUUUCCACCUCGUCGGUCCUGUCUUUAUUCUUCGUGCCCACCUUGUUUUAUGCCAAACCAAUCGUCGGCUGUCUUUUAUCCAAAUUCAAUAAUUGUACGCUUCCUUACGAGUUACCGAUGAAAGUGAAUAACAUUUAUGAAGUGACAGGAGUACAAUCAUACGCUUUAUUGUGCGUUUAUUUAAUACCAGCAAGUAUGUUGUUAACAAUCGGUGCAACCGGCGCGGACAGUCUUUUGGUGACGUUAACGUUUCACCUUUGUAGUCAACUUUCAAUUCUGGCACGUCGUGCCAGAAAUAUCAGUAUUGAACCGCAAAUAUAUUCUCCAGAAAUGAGAGCGCUCGUUGAGCGACACAUCGAGCUUCUCCAACUGGCAAGUAUUUUAGCAAAGGCAUUUAGUUCUCUGAUGUUUAUACAAACAUUAGGAUUAAUAUUCUCUUUAUGCAUCGUGGUCUACCAAUUACUCAUGACGACCGACUCUGGAGAAGACAUAAAUACCAUACAUUUUAUAAUUUACUCAUGCGCUGUUGUACUAUUAGCAUUCUCCUACUGUUUCUUGGGGGAGUGUCUAAUUAACGAGAGUAGUGAAAUGCAAAUGGCUUGCUAUUUCAUAAACUGGUAUGACUUACCGGAACAAUACACGCGAUCUUUAAUAUUUUGUAUCGCUCGAUCGCAGAAACCAUCAUACCUUACCGCUGGCAAGUUCUAUGUGUUUUCCUUAGAAACGUUUGGCGUUAUAGUAAAAGCAUCGAUGGCAUAUCUCUCCGUUUUGAAAAGUAUUAUUUGA